AUGGACGAGCUCAAAAAGCUGCAAUACCUUUCGCUCGUGAGCAAAAUCACCACAGAGCUGGAAAACCACCUGGGCAUCGGCGACAAGACCCUCUCCGAGUUCAUCAUCGAGACCAGCCGUGGCCAGCCGGAUGCUCGUGCGUUCCAGGUCGCCCUCAACGCACAGGGAGCAGAGCUGCCGGAUGGUCUCCCAGACAGACUGUGGACCAUCAUCCAGAAGCUGCUUCCCAGCAAGUCUGCGCACCCUGGCACAUCCCGCCCCUCGGGCCCCCUGGGCUCCGCCCUGGCCCUGCCGGAUUCCCGGGAGCGGGUGAAAGCCAUGGAGCAGGAGAUCAUUGCCGAGGGGGAGGCUGCUCGCCGACGGGAGCGCCAGGCCUCCCACGGCGGCGCCUCCACCAGGGACGAGCGGCAUCGAGGCCGGAGCCGCAGCCGUAGCCGUAGCAGGGGGAGGGAGAGGGCGGGUCGGGAGGAGGGCCGUCGGGAGGCAGAGCGCCACAGGACGUCGCCUGACAGACGCGGACGCCCCAGGCGCAGCCCCAGUCCUGUGCGCGAGGUCAUGGACGACGAGGCACAGCUGUACAAGAUAUACAGAGGGCGGGUCACGAAUGUCAUGGACUUUGGCUGCUUUGUGGAGCUGCAGGGCGUGCGCGUCAAAGCGGAGGGCCUGGUGCAUGCCAGCAACAUCUCUGCCACCAAGCGCGGGUCUGCCAAGGAGCUCGUGUCUCGAGGUGACAAUGUGUGGGUCAAGGUGGUCUCACGCGCUGGCCAGCGGCUGGGUCUCGCGAUGCGUGACGUCGACCAGGCCACCGGUGAGGACCUCCUGCCCAUGGCCGGCGGGGCUGGAAGGGGCCAACCCAAUGGGGUCGGCGCAGGCGCCGCCCCCUCCGCACUGCAUGGCUUGUCAGGCAUUAAGGUGAAGGACGACGGCGACGAUGCCAAGCCCCGUCGGCGGGGACGGCGUAUGACUUCUCCCGAGCGCUGGGAGAUUAGCCAGCUGAUCAAGUCCGGGGUGCUGGACCCAUCAGAGUACCCAGGCUUCAACGACGAUGAGGGCACCUAUGCCGACAUGGACGACGAGGUGGAGGAGGAGUUUGAGAUCGAUAUCAACGACGAGGAGCCCCUGUUCUUGAAGGGGCAAUCUUCCAAGUCUGGCGGGGAGAUGAGCCCCAUCAAGAUUGUGAAGAACCCGGACGGCAGCAUGCAGCGCGCGGCCAUGACCCAGUCGGCGCUGGCCAAGGAGCGGCGCGAGCUGCGCGAGGCGCAGCAGCGCACGCUGCUGGAGGCCAUCCCCAAGGACCUGUCCCGGCCGUGGGAGGACCCGCUGGCGGACGCGGGGGAGCGCGCGCUGGCGGCCGAGCUGCGCGGCAUCGGGCUGGGCACCAGCGAGGUGCCGGAGUGGAAGCAGAGCGCGCUGGGCAAGGCGCCGACCUUUGGCAUCCGCGACUCGCGCAGUAUCCGGGAGCAGCGCGAGAGCCUGCCCAUCUUCAAGCUGCGCGAUCAGCUGGUCGCGGCGGUGGCCGACAACCAGGUGCUGGUGGUGAUCGGCGAGACGGGGAGCGGGAAGACGACGCAGAUGACGCAGUACCUGGCCGAGGCGGGGUACACCGCGGCGGGGAAGAUAGGCUGCACCCAGCCGCGCCGCGUGGCGGCCAUGUCGGUGGCAAAGCGCGUGAGCGAGGAGGUGGGGUGCCGGCUGGGGGAGGAGGUGGGCUACGCCAUCCGCUUCGAGGACUGCACCUCCCAGGCCACCGUGAUCAAGUACAUGACUGAUGGCAUGCUGCUGCGCGAGGCGCUGCUGGACGACGCCAUGACCGCCUACUCAGUCAUCAUGCUGGACGAAGCGCAUGAGCGCACCAUCCACACUGACGUCCUGUUUGGCCUGCUCAAGGGCGUGCUGGCUCGGCGACGCGACCUCAAGCUCAUCGUCACCUCCGCGACCCUGGACGCCGAGAAGUUCUCGGCCUACUUCUUUUCCUGCCCCAUCUUCACCAUCCCGGGCAGGACCUACCCCGUGGAGAUCCUCUACACCAAGGAUCCAGAGAGCGACUACAUGGAUGCGGCCAUGAUCACGGUGAUGCAGAUCCACCUGACGGAGCCGGAGGGGGACAUCCUGCUCUUCCUGACAGGGCAGGAGGAGAUCGACACCGCAGCCCAGACGCUGUUUGAGCGCAUGAAGAGCCUGGGGCCCGCCGUGCCGGAGCUCAUCAUCCUGCCUGUGUACUCUGCCCUGCCCUCGGAGAUGCAGACGCGCAUUUUUGACCCUGCGCCGCCAGGGACGCGCAAGGUCGUCAUCGCCACCAACAUCGCGGAGGCGUCGCUGACCAUCGAUGGCAUCUACUACGUCGUCGACCCGGGUUUCAGCAAACAGAAAGUGUACAACCCCAAGAUCGGGAUGGACUCCCUGGUGGUGGCGCCCAUCUCUCAGGCCUCUGCGCGCCAGAGGGCGGGCAGGGCCGGGCGGACGGGGCCCGGCAAGUGCUACAGGCUCUACACUGAGAUGGCGUACAAGAACGAGAUGCUGCCCACCUCCAUCCCGGAGAUUCAGAGAUCCAAUCUGGGACUCACCGUGUUGACGAUGAAGGCCAUGGGGAUCAACGAUCUCCUGAAUUUCGACUUCAUGGACCCUCCCCCAGCACAGACACUGGUUUCGGCACUGGAGACGCUCUACAACCUUGGAGCUCUGGAUGAGGAGGGAUUGCUCACGAGACUCGGGAGGAAAAUGGCCGAGUUCCCGCUGGAUCCACCCGUGGCCAAGAUGCUGAUUGCCUCGGUGGACAUUGGGUGCUCAGAGGAGAUCCUUACCAUCAUUGGCAUGCUUUCCGCCCAGAACAUCUUCUACAGACCCAAGGAGAAGCAGGCACAGGCCGACCAGAAGAAGGCCAAGUUCCAUCAGCCCGAGGGCGACCACCUGACCCUGCUGGCGGUGUACGAGGGCUGGAAGAACAGCAAGUUCUCCAACCCCUGGUGCUUCGAGAAUUUCAUCCAGGCGCGCUCCAUGCGCCGCGCGCAGGACGUGCGCAAGCAGCUGGUGGCCAUCAUGGAUCGUUACAAGCUGGACCUGGUAUCGGCGGGGAGGAACUACACUCGCAUCCAAAAGGCAAUCUGCGCCGGGUUCUUCGCCCACGCCGCCCGCAAGGACCCCCAGGAGGGCCACAAGACGGUGGUGGAGCAUCAGCCGGUCUUCAUCCACCCGUCCUCUGCUCUGUUCCAGCAUCAGCCUGACUGGGUCCUCUACCACGAGCUGGUUCUGACCACCAAGGAGUACAUGAGGGAGGUGACUCAAAUCGACCCCAAGUGGCUGGUUGAGUUGGCACCUCGCUUUUUCAAGUCAGCAGACAGCCACAAGCUGUCGCGGCGGAAGCGGCAUGAGCGCAUCGAGCCGCUCUACGAUCGCUACAACCCACCCAACGACUGGAGGCUGUCCAAGCGCAGGGGUUGA